AUGUCUAUAAAAGUGGUUUCCUUACUUCCUUCGGCAGCAGAAAUAAUAGGUUUAUUUAUUGCACAGAAUAAUCAUAUAAAAUUAGUAGGAAGAAGCCACGAAGAUGAUCAUCCUCAUGAAAUAGUCAAAGGCGUACCCAUUCUCACUGCUGCAAAAACCAAGUUUACCACAACAGAAGAUAUUGACAGACAAGUAACACAGUUACUUUCAGAAGGCAAUGGUCUUUAUGAUCUAAACGUGGAACUUCUGAAAGAGCUGAAGCCCGAUGUUGUUGUUACUCAAGAUCUUUGUCAUGUGUGUUCUAUAGAUCUGACGACCGUCCAAAGAGCUGCAAAGGAACUGGAUCCAAUUCCAACUGUUGUGACUCUGAACCCAUUAUCAAUUGAUGUAAUGGAUGUCAUAUCAUCGAUUACAGACGUUGGCACAGCCUUUAAUCUCGUAACACAGUCUAGAGACAUCAUCACGAAACUCACUUCAAGAAUAACUUAUGCUAGAAAUCUUGCUAAUACGGCCUUGUCUCGUCGUAAUGGAUAUUACCACAAAGUAGCUUUCUUUGAAUGGACUGCACCCAUAUACGCAGGUGGACAUUGGACACCACAAGUUAUAAGAUGGUGUGGCGGUGCUCAAGUAAUUAAUGACUGCAAAGAUGGUCAGACUGCGCAGAUUGGGGCUGCGCCAUCAUUUAGAGUUCCACCUGAAAAUCUUAUCAAGGAAAAGCCGGAAAUUGUUAUUAUAUGUCCAUGUGGAUUGGAUCUUGACACAACCAGAAAGGAAUAUGAAAAUGUACUAAAGACAUCUGAAUGGUGGCCUGAACUGAUGAAGAACGUAAAAAAGUUGGCACUUGUAGACGGAAAUCAAAUGUUUAACCGACCUGGUCCACGUCUCGUUGACGCUUUAGAAUGGUUGACAGGAUAUAUAAAUAAUGAUGAGGAAAUUAUCCCUAAAGACUUCCCGUGGGAAGACAUAAAAAUAUGA